UUCCUCUUUAAAAUGAGAGGUUCAAACUCAAUGGCCUCCGAGGUCUUUGUUCUCUCUAAUCCUGUGAUCUACACAGAUGAUAAAGUGUGUCCUUGAAAAAAGUAUUAGAAGGGAAAAUAUAGUCUUUUACAAACAAUAUUCUACAGUACUAUAAAAAUUCAUUGAUUAAGACUAAUUAAUACUAAUACUAAUAAUUGGUCAUUGAAGCUAGUUGGCACAUAUUCAGAACUUUCAGUGGCCUUAGAUGGGUGCUUCUUAUAAUUAGCCUUAGGAUUAAUAUACAAUAAGUGCCAGUAAGAAUUGGUUAUCUCUAUAGAGAGUAUUUUGCUUGGAUUCUUAUAAAAAUUCUGGGAAUGACCUUAAUGCUUCUAUUGUUUAUCUUAAGAGGCCUUUUGCAUACCUUACAAAAAAAGGGGGAAGUGGAAACUGGUAGCUUUGGACAUUUAAAUUUAUGAAAUUACAAGUAGAUCUGCAUAAAGAACACUUUACUAUGUGCAAGUGAAAAGGAUUAGUUUUAUACAGGGGAAAAGCAUACAUUAAUGGCAUUCCAACUCUGAGGUAGGUCACCACUCUCAAAAUAAGACCAAUAAGAGGAAAGGGCUACCUAGAACAAUGGUGAGAUCCUGUAGAUACUCCUGUUUGCAUCUGCCAUUGAACAAUUUGUAUUAAAUAGUUAGAUUACACUAGGUUAGACACUGCUAAGCCAUGAAAUCCAUAUUCCUAUGGGUAAAAAUGUGGAUACAAAAUGCCUAUGAUCCAGAAUGUGCUGUGCAAUUGAAUGGGCAACUUUUAGAGGUAGUUCCUUAGUAUUUCUGUACUUUGGCCAUAUCCUGCAAAUGGACAGUAAAAAUUGAACAGAAGGGGGAAAACUAUUGCCUUUUUAAAACUGCAACAUUUUCGGUUGGUUUUGAUUUUGGUUAGUUUUCUAUUUGGAGAGGGCAGUAUGGAUCUGUGGUUUCAUCAACACAGAUCAUUCUUUGAUAUUCUUUGAGGAAUCUUUUCUACCAAUGCAAAUCUGGCAAUUGCUCUGAAACUUCUGGUCUUAAGAGAGUUGCCUGGUACACUAAGAGGUUGUAACUUGCUGAGGGUCAUAGUGUAUUUUAAGAAAGGAACUUUCUGACAACAGAGCCAACCCUUUCAUUAGACACUGCCUUGCAAAAGUUAUUGCCAUAUCAAAAAUACCAGUGAGUGAUUUGUAUCAUUGUAAUCUGUAUCAUUGUGGGGGACAUUUAUAUCAGUUAGAUCACUGAUCUCUUGGAAAAUUGGACUUUUAAGGUUUGAAAACUUUGUCUUGAGCCUUACAGCAGUCUUUUUAAAGUAGGUACCACAGGUAUUAUCCCCAUUUUACAAAUGAGAAAAUUGAGGCUCAAAGAGUUUGUGACUUGCCCAUGAUUAUAUAGCUCAAACAUAAAUAUUGGAAGUGGGAUUUCAACCCACAUCUUCUACUUAUAACACUCCUAUUCACUAUACCAUACUGCUUUUGUCAUAUAUAGUUUCUUAAUUAAUUGAUAAAUACUGUAAUAUGGACAUUUGGGAAAUUUGAUGUUAAAAGGGAUCUACUAAAAAAGUUUAGGAGCUCCUUCAUUUUACAGUGUUAUAUGGGAGUUAGUUCUGUGGAUUCAGCCUAAUAAACAAUAACUAAACAGACUGGUAUAACAUUAAAUAUUAUCUCUUAUUCAUCCUUCAUCCAAUUUUCAUCUUGAAAUAUCAGCUGAAUAUUAUGGCAAUUGGGUUUUGUAAUAUACUAUGGUAUUUGGUUAUCAGUGACAUUAUUUAGCAUUAGUAUGUUCACAUCCUUUUUCCUAGAAUUUUCUUCAUUAUAAUUAGUUCUCUUGAUCUUUGAAAAAGCAUUUCAUUCAGUAAAAUACAAAAUGCCCUCAGGGCUCUCCUCCAACAAAGUGUUUCUCAUGUUAAUUCAAGAUUCUUUAAGACAAGUAGCCAUAAUUGAGGUAACUUUUAACAGUGACUGAUUAAUAUUAAUCAAGACAUUAAAACAGAGUGUUUGCUUGCCACUAUCAUGGAAGAUGUUCAGGGGGGGACCCUAAAUGGAAGAGAAAUUCCCUACAUAUAGUGAGAUCCUUCAGAUGUUCCUUUUUACAGAUGACAAGCUGUUGAUAUUAAAUGAAGAACAUUACAGAACCUCAUAAAUGAGAUGCUUGAUUGUUUUCGAUUUGGUGUAACUAGCUACACAGGGAAAACCAAGUGCACAUUGUUGAUACUUGAUAAAUGAUGGUAUAAAUUGAACUUACUGAAGAAUACUGCAUGUCCGGAAUUUUAUAUAUUGUUGGAUGAAUGACCCAUAGAAUUUGUCCAACAAGUAAGUUUACAUCGUGGACAGUUCUGCCAGUGGACAAUGAACUGGGCUAGAAUUGUACAGAAGGAAGAGAGCAACUGGGAUUGCCUCUGGAAUGUUGCACAUUACUUUUAAUGACUUCAAAACAUCUUGAAGCAAAGGUUUACCUUUUAAACAAUAAUCAUCUAGUGAUGCUACAUGGCUGUGACUUGUGGAAUAAUACUGAUCCUGAAGAUUUUCAGUUGAAGUUUUACUCGAAGGCAAUGGAGAGGUGAAUGGUGGGUUGAAUAGGCUACAAGACAUUAAUAUCCAACGAAGAAUUGCUCAGGAAAAGUAGUAUAAAGAAUGUCAUUGGAGAGAUAUAUGUUGGAAAAGAUGAGCCAUUCAUGUAGUGAGAGCCAGGUAUACCAAAUACAUGUGCUCCAUUGGUAUCAAUGCAAAGCCAGGAGUUUCUAGAGGAAACGUUUCCAGCAUAUGUGGGUGGAACUUCUAUAGCUGAUUUACAGGAGGAUAUGGACAAGUCGGUACAGGAUGAGAACAUGUGGAUGGGUUGUGAUCUACACUUAUGGAGGGAGUCCUCACAUCGGUCACAGAUCCAGUGAAAUGCCUGGAAUGAUGUCUUCAGUCAUGCCUGGGAUGAUGAUGACUCAUAUGUCUCAGGCUAGCAUUCAGCCUGCUUUACCGCCAGGAGUAAACAAUAUGGAUGUAGCAGUAGGUGCAACAUCUGGCACACAAAAAUCAAUGUGGACUGAACAUAAAUCUCCUGAUGGAAGAACUUAUUAUUAUAACACAGAAACAAAGCAGUCUACCUGGGAAAAACCUGAUGAUCUCAAAACACCUGCUGAGCAAUUAUUAUCUAAAUGCCCCUGGAAGGAGUACAAAUCUGACUCUGGAAAGCCUUAUUAUUAUAAUUCUCAAACAAAGGAAUCUCGUUGGGCCAAACCUAAGGAACUCGAGGAUCUUGAAGGAUACCAGAAUACCAUUGUUGCUGGAAGUCUUAUUACAAAAUCAAACCUGCAUGCUAUGAUCAAAGCAGAAGAAAGCAGUAAAGAAGAAUCAACCACAACAUCUACUGCCCCAGUUCCUACAACAGAGAUUACAACUACAAUGAGCACUAUGGCUGCAGCUGAAGCUGCAGCAGCUGUUGUUGCUGCAGCAGCUGCUGCAGCUGCUGCAGCCGCUGCAGCCAAUGCCAGUGCUAACGCUGCCAUAUCAACUCCUUCCAUUGUUGCUUCAAGUGCCCCAAUUGUCACUGAGCCUGAAGUUACUUCCAUUGUUGCUACUGUCAUAGAUAAUGACAAUACAGUAACAAUUUCAACUGAGGAACAAGCACAACUUGUUACACCUAUUGUUCAUGAACAAAGUGCAGAAGUAUCUAGUAAUGUACCAGAGGAAGUAUCAAAGCAAGAGACUUCAGUUGAUUAUACUCCCAAAAAGGAGGAAGAAGAUAGUCAGCCUGCUAAAAAAACAUAUACUUGGAAUACAAAAGAAGAAGCAAAGCAAGCUUUUAAAGAGUUACUAAAAGAAAAGCGAGUACCGUCUAAUGCUUCAUGGGAGCAAGCAAUGAAGAUGAUUAUUAAUGAUCCCCGAUACAGUGCCCUGGCAAAGCUUAGUGAAAAAAAGCAAGCCUUUAAUGCAUAUAAAGUGCAGACAGAGAAAGAAGAAAAAGAAGAAGCAAGAUCAAAAUAUAAGGAAGCUAAAGAAUCCUUCCAACGGUUUCUUGAAAACCAUGAAAAAAUGACUUCUACAACCAGAUAUAAAAAAGCUGAACAAAUGUUUGGAGAGAUGGAAGUAUGGAAUGCAAUAUCUGAGCGAGAUCGUCUUGAAAUUUAUGAAGAUGUCUUAUUCUUUCUUUCCAAAAAAGAAAAGGAACAAGCAAAACAGUUGCGAAAGAGAAAUUGGGAGGCCUUAAAAAAUAUACUUGACAACAUGGCUAAUGUUACCUACUCUACUACUUGGUCUGAAGCCCAGCAAUAUUUGAUGGAUAACCCUACUUUUGCAGAAGAUGAGGAACUUCAGAACAUGGAUAAAGAAGAUGCAUUGAUAUGCUUUGAAGAACAUAUCCGGGCUUUAGAAAAAGAAGAGGAAGAAGAAAAGCAAAAGAGUUUGUUACGAGAAAGGAGGCGGCAGCGUAAAAAUAGAGAAUCUUUUCAGAUAUUUUUAGAUGAGUUGCAUGAACACGGACAGUUGCAUUCUAUGUCAUCUUGGAUGGAGUUAUAUCCAACAAUUAGUUCUGAUAUUAGAUUUACCAACAUGCUUGGUCAGCCUGUUUUUUCAUUAGGAUCAACAGCACUUGAUCUUUUCAAGUUUUAUGUUGAGGAUCUAAAAGCACGUUAUCAUGAUGAAAAGAAGAUAAUAAAAGACAUCCUAAAGGAUAAAGGAUUUCUGGUUGAAGUAAAUACUACCUUUGAAGAUUUUGUUGCAGUAAUCAGUUCAACUAAAAGAUCAACAACAUUAGAUGCUGGGAACAUCAAAUUGGCUUUUAAUAGUUUGUUAGAAAAAGCAGAAGCCCGUGAACGGGAAAGAGAAAAGGAGGAGGCUCGUAAGAUGAAACGAAAAGAGUCUGCAUUCAAGAGUAUGUUGAAACAGGCUGCCCCUCCAAUAGAAUUGGAUGCAGUCUGGGAAGAUAUUCGAGAAAGAUUUGUAAAGGAACCCGCAUUUGAAGACAUUACUCUAGAGUCUGAAAGAAAAAGAAUAUUUAAGGAUUUCAUGCAUGUGCUUGAGCACGAAUGUCAACAUCAUCAUUCAAAGAACAAGAAACAUUCAAAAAAAUCUAAAAAACAUCACAGGAAACGGUCACGUUCUCGAUCGGGCUCAGAUUCAGAUGAUGAUGAUAGCCAUUCAAAGAAAAAGAGGCAACGGUCAGAAUCCCGCUCUGCUUCAGAACGUUCUUCUAGUGCGGAGUCUGAGAGAAGUUACAAGAAAUCAAAAAAGCAUAAGAAGAAAAGUAAGAAGAGAAGACACAAAUCUGAUUCUCCAGAGUCUGAUACUGAACGAGAAAAGGAUAAAAAAGAAAAAGAACGAGAAAAUGAAAAGGAUAGAACUAGGCAGAGAUCAGAAUCAAAACACAAAUCACCUAAAAAGAAGACUGGAAAAGAUUCUGGUAAUUGGGAUACUUCUGGCAGUGAACUGAGUGAAGGGGAAUUAGAAAAGCGGAGAAGGACCCUCUUGGAACAACUGGAUGAUGAUCAAUAAAUUAAUUAUACCAAAUAUAUGUUUACAGUAUAAUUAAAAAUUGUCUAGUUCAGGACAGGGAUUCUGAUGUUUUAAAUUCCAUUGAAGCAACACUGGGUUUUAAUUAUAUCACAGGAACAAGUGCAUUAAGUAUUGUUAUCGUGGAAUUGACUUUAAAUCUACAAAAGAGAAGGAAAUUCAAAACUAAAAAUGAAAAUUUUUGAUUCUCUACAGAGAAUCAUUUUCAUAUCACCACUCUAAAAGAAAGCCCCUUUUUAGGGUACAGCAGCAAAGUAGAAUAAUAGAGAUGGUGAUUUAUUGAUUGCCAUAGAUGUCCUUACUUUUGUGUUCUAAAGUCAAUGCCACAACAUUUUUGAGGUGGUUUGAAAUUUGCAGAAGUUGGAUUUUGAAGAUAUAAUGAAACCUUUUUUUUUUUUUCUUUUUUUUUUCUUUUUUUUGGAUGCAUAGUGGUACAAAAAAAGCACCAGCAACUGAUCAAAAUGCUUUUUUGUGCACUUCCUAACUGGUUUAACUGAUGUGAAUUUUUAUGGUGAACUAAAAAAAAAUAGGUGUUUUUUGAUGGAAACCCUUAACUAUAUAGUAGUGAUAAUGAGCACUGCUGUAUUAUGGCCACCAUUGUUAAUUUUAAGAGCAUUUGGAUGAAUAAAACGGAAGGCUAUUGUGAGGGCAUUAUUUGAACAUCUAUUUUGAGGCGAUGUUUAAAAAAAAGAAUUUAACAUCAAAUCAGAUUGUAAAUUAAUUUAAAUAUCUUGCCUUAAGGACCUACUAAAGAAUGUGCCACCAAAUUUUAAGUGACAGUUGCAAUAUCCUUGUCUAAAAAAAAAAAAAAAAUCAAUGUCGACUUAAACAUUUUCUUUAACAAAAGUUGUCUUGAUUUAAAAAGAAUCAGAUCUCUUUCUGUCUUUCUCUUUCUUCCUCUUUUUUUUAAUAUCCUCUGUCCAGUCUUUCUUUGAAGAAAACUUUUCCCUACUCAGUGAGAAAUAUUGACUUCUGUGGUACACAUUCUAAAGCAUUUCUGAUUUGAAUAUUUUUGUACAUUUUUAUCAAUUAUUAAACCUUCUCUUCUAGCGUGUACUAGUAUUUAUUUCUACUUGAAAUACGCUGUACAGCUCUAACAGAAAUAUGGAUAUUUUAUGAUUCAGUUAAGCAACAAUGUGGUGUAUUUACUCUUAAGCCCGUCGAAGUUUCACUUAAUAAUUCAUCUUCCUUUCCCAUGUAGUUUACCUCUCUUUUCUAAUGAUACUUAUAAGAGUACUUAUAAAUAAAUCAUUGCAUAUGAGGCCCCUUUAUUUGUGCUUCAAACUAAAAUGUUCAUGCAUAAUAUUUUUGUGAGAAGUUGGUUUAAGUGAAGCUAGAGGCAUCAUUUUAUAUGCUUGCUUUUAGAAGGUUGGUAUUUGUCACUUAAAAGAUAAAACUGGCUAUAGCAUUUUUUGUUAUCAGGGAGCAUUUCUUGUAUAAGAUUUUUUUUUUUUCACAUUAAAUAAAGCAUACCCCACAUCUGGCGUUAAAAGAAUAUUUAGGUAUCCAUCAGUCACUAUUUUAUUCAUUAAUUUUGGUUAUUUUGUAGACCCUUGAGUUCAAUGUUAGCAAAAAUUAGGAGACUAUUUAAACCCCCAAGUUCACCAUAUUAACCAGGGAAAUAUUUCUGUGACAUCGGUUGCAAUGUUAUCCUACAGCAAAGCCAUGAAAAGCUUUGUGACUUCUCCCAACUUUUCUCCUUUCCAAAUAGUCAAUUUUUCUGCACUGCAUGGAGAUACUUGGCUCUGCAGAAGGUAUGAGAAUCAAACUGUAUAUGUAUGAGAAAAUGUGAAGCAAUCAAAUUGAGUUGCUUAAGAUUUUACUCUACUAUUGUAUUUAGAACCAAAAAGAAUUGUAAAAGCUUUGGCGGCAGGGGCUUAUUUUUUACUUUAGUUGACCCUCAGAGGAACUCCAUUUGUGUUUAUGGUAUACAUACAUACAUAUAUAUAUAUAUAUAUAUAUA